UCUCUUUGGAUGAAAUCGAUAAUCUUUUACAAUUCCGAGGGCAUAUGAUGGUACUAAGUAUUUAUUAGCUAGAUGGCUUGUUCCUUGUGGCUGAAAUUAGAGUUAAUGACAUACAGAUUGAAUAACAAGAUAAAAAGGAAAAUGAUGAAAAGUUUUGAAACCGAUGAUGGACGUGGGAGAUACCAUCGGCUCAAUCAACCAGGAGAAAGCAUUUAUAUAAAUAGGGCUCAGCUAUCCAAAAAGCAGCUGAUAACAUGCGUGGUGUUAGUAGUAUGCUGUGUGGGAGCCAUAGCCGUGGGCCUCGGCAUUGGCCUCCCCAGGCUGAGCUCCGAACCUACAGUCAAGCAGGAGUCAAAACCACCUUUAGCGGUAGCCAAGCCAGCACCACCCAGAGCUCAGGGCCAGUUUGAAUCCUGGGGAGAACACAAGGAUGGGUCAUAUUACGAGGCCACGGAACCUCCUCCAUCAGAGACAGAGCUCGGAGAAUUUCACAAGGCUGCAGUUAGUGCUGAUGGUACGCCGUGUGCGCAGAUUGCUACGGAUAUACUCAAGAGGAAUGGCUCGGCAGCCGAUGCAGCAGUAGCAGGACUAUUCUGUGUGGGAGUCAUCAACACUCAGUCCAUGGGUCUUGGAGGCGGGUUCCUCAUGACCUACUACGACCACUCAACAAGGAAGGCCUACUCUUUGAAUGCCAGGGAGAGUGCACCGAUGGAAGCUUAUGAAGACAUGUAUGAUGGGAACGGGGAAUUGGCUCAGAAAGCUAAGGGAAAAUGGUGGGCAUCAAAAGAUCCCAGUUUGAAAGGAGGGCUUGCUGUGGCUGUCCCUGGAGAGCUCCGAGGAUACCGUGAAUUGUAUGAUAGAUUUGGUGGAAAUUUGCCAUGGGCUGAGCUCCUGGAACCCACGAUCAAGCUCUGUGAAGAAGGACAUCUUGUCAACUGGCAUAUGGCACGUGCUCUGAAGUUCAACGCAGACGAUAUCAAAAAGGAACCAAGCAUGAGCGUAUUUAUUAACCCAGAGACUGGCGAAGUGUACAAGGAGGGAGACACGCUGAAGAGGCCCCAGCUUGCAAAGACCCUGAGAGACCUGCAGGAGGAUCCCGAUGCCCUAUAUAGUGGUCACUUGGCAGCUAAGCUCGCCCAGGAUAUCCAGAGCUUUGGGGGCAUUGUCACUGAGGAGGACCUCAGGAUGUACAAACCCGUGUGGAAGGAAGCCAUGAACAUCACACUGCAGCAUGGCCAGAUCAGCAUGUUCUCUGUGCCUCCCCCUGGUUCAGGUCUCAUUCUGGGUUUCAUUCUUAACAUCCUGGAUGAGUAUGGACUUACCCCAGAGAGUAUUAAUGACCCCAAUAUUGUCCUGACACACCAUCGCAUCACAGAGGCCAUGAAGUGGGCCUACGCCAAGAGGACUGAGCUCGGAGAUGCAGACUUUGUAGAUAUGACUGAGCUCGCCAAAAACCUGACUUCAGACGACAACGCAGCAUACAUUCACAGCCAGAUCACUGACGACCGCACAUUCCAAGACCCCGAGCACUAUGGGGCUUUCACAGCUGAUCCAGAUGACCAUGGAACAGCUCAUUUCUCUUUGCUUGCCCCCAAUGGUGAUGCUAUCUCAGUUACUAGCACAGUCAACUUGUACUUUGGUGCAGGAAUCCGUUCUGUCCAAACUGGCAUAGUCCUUAAUGAUGAAAUGGACGACUUCUCAGCCCCAAACAUCACAAAUUACUUUGGAAUUCCUCCUUCACCAGCCAACUUCAUUAGGCCAGGCAAGCGGCCAUUGUCAUCCAUGUGUCCAGCAGUGUUCGUCGACUCAAUGGGCGACGUGCGUCUGAUCAUAGGUGCUGCAGGGGGAACCAAGAUUUCCUCUGGAGUGGCCUGGGCAUCUCUUCGUAACCUUUGGCUUGGGGAUAAUAUCAAGGAAGCUGUAGAUGCUCGCAGAAUCCACCACCAGCUCUUCCCCAUGACAUUCAGCUAUGAGCAAGGAAUCCUGCCGAAAAUCGUCGAAGGUCUCACAGACAUUGGACACAUAACAGAAGAGUUUGGAGUCGGAGGAUCUGUGAUUUGUGCCAUCGCAAGGGGAGAUGAUGGGAAAAUUUAUGCCAACUCUGAUUUUAGAAAAGCAGGCGAAGUAGACGGGUUUUAAAUUUACAACUUUUAAUUAAAAAAAAACACACAAUUUUUAGCUGUAGAGCUAUUGCAAAAAUGUUAUAUAUAGUAGUAAAAUUCUUCAGUUUUUAGCUGUUUAAAAGUUUCUUAGAUUUUUCAUGUGUUUUACUCAAUUGUUUCAAUUUUAAGUAGAAUUCUCUCAUCAGUGGGUUUUUCUAGGAUAUAUAUUUUAGCUUAAUUUUAUUUAAAUGUAAAAUUGUUGCUCAGUAUAUUCUAUGUUAAUUUUCUGUAUAGCAUAAUAUUAUAUUGCAAUUCUUGACCACACAGACAUUAACAGGUGAUAUUAUUGAUAGAGAAUAUGCUUGUGUUAUUUUAAGUGCUGAUGUGAAUUUUGUUUUAUUUGCGGUAGAUACAGAUAUUUAUAUUAGUAGUUCAAAAAUACCUACACCUUCUUAUACAUUCUUCAAGCAUUUAAAAGACUUGACAGAUUGGCAAAUAUUGAAGUAUUUGCAGGUUCAUAGUUUAUGUAUUUUAGGUAUUCAUGCGACCUGCUUACUUGCAUUUAUUUUGGACUUUUUUUUUUGCACAGGUCAUUUUAUAUGGAACGCACAGGCAUUGUUAUGUAUGAGAGCGCAUGCGCACGCACACGCAUGCACACGCACACACAUACGCAUGCACACACACACACACACACACACACACACACACACACACACACACACACACACACACACACACACACACACACACACACACACACACACACACACAAUUCAUGUAUUCACCAAGGAUAUGAUGUCUAUUUUUGGUGCUGUGAUAUGGUGGCUUAUAAUUGUAUCAAAUUAAAACAAAUAAUAAAAAAUAGAGAAAGA